AUGGCUUCCGCCGAUGUGAAAAACACCGUUCCACACAUGGAUAUGGAUCGUGGAGGUGCGUUCGACUUUUCCAACUGUAUUCGCAAUCAAGCGAUGUGCAAGUUGGGCGCAAAGGCUCCAAAAUUGACCAGCACCGGUACCACAAUCGUUGCCGUCGCCUACAAAGGAGGACUCGUGAUGGGAGCCGACUCUCGAGCCACCGCCGGAAACAUCAUCGCUGAUAAGCACUGUGAGAAGGUUCACAAGCUCACCGAGUCCAUCUAUGCUUGUGGAGCCGGAACAGCCGCAGAUCUCGAUCAGGUCACCAAGAUGCUAUCUGGAAAUCUUCGUUUGUUGGAAUUGAACACUGGACGCAAGGCUCGUGUGAUCACGGCUCUCCGUCAGGCGAAACAGCAUCUUUUCAACUAUCAGGGAUACAUUGGAGCAUAUUUGUUGAUUGGAGGAGUCGAUCCAACUGGACCACAUCUUUAUAUGUGCUCCGCUAAUGGAACUACUAUGGCUUUCCCAUUCACCGCUCAAGGAUCUGGAUCGUACGCUGCUAUCACUAUUUUGGAGCGUGAUUUCAAGACUGACAUGACGAAAGAAGAGGCCGAGAAGCUUGUACAACGCGCCCUGGAAGCCGGUAUGCACGGAGACAACGCCUCUGGAAACAGUCUGAAUCUUGUGAUCAUUGAACCAAACGAGACGGUGUUCAAGGGACCAAUUGUGCCAGAAUUCUGCAAACGACCAGAGCCAAACGACCUCGCCUACAAGUUCCAAGCCGGUGCCACGAAGGUGUUGAAGCAUAAGACCAUCAAGUACGACGUCGUCGAGUCUAUGGACCUUUCUCACUAA